AUGACAGAAGGAUCACUCACUCUCCCAGACGGCCUUGAGCUGUAUACUAAGACAUGGACGCCGAGCGGAACCACACGGGCUACCAUAGCUUUCAUCCACGGGUUCAGUGACCACUGUAAUGCCUAUCACGACCUGUUCCCAAACCUAACAUCGGCGGGAAUCGAGAUCAAGUCUUUUGACCAACGAGGCUGGGGCCGAAGUGUCAAACACCCCCGCGACCGCGGCAAUACAGGCCCAACCUCCCAGGUUCUCGCGGAGAUUCAUAUUUUCCUGCAGUCUCUACCCCAAUCCGACAUUCCACUCUUCCUGAUGGGCCACAGCAUGGGCGGUGGACAGGUUCUCAACUACAUCUUCCACCCAGACUCACCCUACCAUUCUAGCCCACCUAAGUUUGCAGGCGUGCUUUUGUUCUCUCCCCUAGUUGCCAUCCAUCCAUCUUCCCGUCCGUCUAAACUAACGGUCUCCGCCGGAAGAGUGGUUGCAAAGCUCAUCCCACAUAAGCAGCGAUACUCCGCGCUGGACCAGAAACUGAUUUCUCGUGAUCCAGCUGUUGUGGAGUACUUUGUCAACGAUGAGCUGUGUCAUGAUACAGGCACCUUCGAGGGCUUGGCUGGCAUGUUGGAUCGUGGAAUUUGGCUGGAGGGCAUGUUUGCGGGUGACUGGGUGAAAUCUAACUUGCCAUUCUGGUUUGGGCACGGCAAUGCGGAUCGCAUCACCAGUUACGAUGCCACAAGUAACCUUGUCAAAGGCUUGCAGAAGAAUGGGGCCAAUGUGACAUUUGAAACUUAUGAUGGAGGUUAUCAUAAGCUGAGUGCUGAUCUGCCGGAGACCUCAAAGAAGUUUUUGGAAGAUGUGAGGGAUUGGGUACUUGGUAAGGUACCAGCGGGUCAGAAUGAUGCAGCGGUUGAGUCCAGCUCUGCUCCUAUUGCCUCUGGGGCGGAAACCGACGACAAGGCGAAGCUGUGA